CUUCAAUCACCAAAACACCCUCAAAGCACACGCGCGCAUUAUCGAAUCAUCGCCGGACGGGGAUCGCAUGACCCCCCUGUCAUUGUUCUGUUUCCUCUGUACGGAGUAGGGAGUAGGGAGAGCAUCUCUCCCCCUAGCUCCCGCCAUCGUGGUUCACCCAGGUUUGCCACCCUUGUUUAAAUAAUCCGGUCUCUAAGGUCUCUUGAUUUCCUUUGAAAGGCCGGGCGGGGAGCGGUUUACCAAGACAUUGUGAUAAACACCACAGCUCCCCCUCGUCAGUUGCUGGAGAAGCCAUGUCUCGGAGAUUCUUCUGUUUAUAUCGGGAAUAUGCACAAUAUUUCGCCAUCCGUGCGGGCCCCAUGGUUCUUUGAUGGUGAUGAAUCGAAUGUUCGUCGCUUGGCAGGCGGUUAACAAGAAUUAUUCUUUGAGAGAUGAGAUGCCGAUUUAAGGCGCUCCUGUAUUUAGGCCUUUGGGCGCAUAAGAGCCAGCAGCAAAGGACUCACCACUUGAAUAGAUAGGAUAGGCGAUCAUUCGAGCCUGUGGAUUCAGGCUCUGGUGAUGGGGUUUUUAUAUAUUUUACCACUGCUUGCCAUAUGCCAUGCCUAGAUAUUAGCUUACGAAGGUAUCUGUUCAAAACUCUUCGCACAACACCCCUCCCCUCCAAUAUAUGAGGCACAGGAACUUCGUCGCAUCCUUGCUUGGGGCGUACCAAACUGCGAGGGGCCAGGAGAGCCAACCACAGCGGCUAAACUUAUAACUAACUGGCUGAGGCGUCACCGUUUUUGCUGUGACUGUUGUGGCCGCAAGUGGCCACCCCACAGCCAGCACCAACAGAUGGCUUGCAGGCGGCGAUUCGUCAAAUAAUAAUGGCUCGCUCACGAAUCUCCAAGCCGGGGGUUGCUUGCUCCUCUGCAGAGGGGAGGGGGGUGGGUGGCUCGGGAGAAGCCGUCCAUUCCCCGGACAGAGCCAUGUCUACAAGACUCGUCUUGUGCAGAGUGCCCCAGGCCAAUAAACCAACCAUUGGUGCAAGUUUCUUGACAAGGAGAAUGGAGCGGAGAAAGACAGAUAAUUAUUAAUGACCCAAACCGAUCGGACAAACACAGCGAGCCUCGUUCUGCUGUCGAGAGCUGUUGAUCCCGAUCCUUGUUAGGCUGUUGAUCUACUCCGUAGACGUAGCGUAGGAGAGAGCGAGCUAACUAGCAACUGCCAACCCUUUUCGAGGCCGUGGCGGUUGUUCGAGCUUCUGUUGCUUGAUUUUCUGUUCCAGCUCUUGAUCAGCCUUUCCAUCAUUCGCAAUUGCCACAGGGUCGCGGAUAUCGAGAUUUUGAAGACUGACCUCUUCCAGGGCUAUCGUAGCUGAAUGCAUGUAUAUCUCCUGGGGUACCGCCAGUGAAACAGCAAGUUCAGCGAAUACCACGGAGGCCCCCCUGCUUCCAGGUGUCGCUGGUGAACAUAUCCUUGUUCUUUUGUGCCGUGAUUGUUGUGAUCGUUGUUGUUUCUUCUUGACAAACCAGCGCCGUACAGCAUGAGGCCGCAAGUGCAGGUUCUUAUUGCGGAUAAUAAUAAUUAUGAGCCUCAGAACGCCCGCAACCGGUAUUCGUACCUAAACACUCCAGCUGAGUUCCAUGCGCCGACAUUUCCCCCACAAGAUCAGCAGCAGAGACAUCCCUCGCUGCCUGUGAAUGUGGCAGACCAGCCUCUACCGCCACCGCUCGAUCACUACGCUCAUACCCGCUCAUCGUCGAAUAUGCCGACGAUUGUGCAUCACGAUGUGCCCGAGAAAUCCGCCUCCCUGCACGCUCACACACAAACAGCUCCGCCAUUAUCAGAGCACCCGGCACAGUUUGCUCCAUACGCAGAUAGUAAUCCAGAGCAUACGACAAUUGCCCCUCGCGACUCGAAAGUCGCGCCGUUUCCUCAGCCCCCUCCCAGCAUCGCCGUCUUACCGUCACACGACCAGUUCGCAAACAAGCCCCUUUCAGCCGCCCAGGAACAAGAACGACGGGAAAAGGACAUGGCUAUCCUGCCCGACACCAAUCCACUGGAAUCACAUACUUCUUUCACCAAACCCGGACCUAAAUCUAUCAAGCCUUCUUACCCCAUGACCCCAAUUACAAUACCGGACACCUACGAUUUGAGCCAUUUCCCUGGCCAAGUGCCGCAUCCAACUCAACGAUUGAAAGGCGAUACAUGGAACUAUGGGCUUUGCGACUGCUCGGAUAUAGGCACCUGCUGCUUGGGACUCUUUUGUCCAUGUAUUCUGUAUGGCCGAACACAGUACCGACUGAACAGAAAGUCAGACCGAAAGGAUCCUACGAAUUUACUUGGCUAUGAAACAUGCAAUGCGUCUUGUACUGCGAUGGCUCUGCUCUGUGGAUGCCAAUGGUUGUUAGCAUCAGUUCAACACUCCCGCAUACGCCGUGCGUACGGAAUCCCUGGCAGCAUUCCAUCAGACUGCGUUCGAGCGACAUGCUGUACAUGCUGCACACUCAUCCAAGACGAGAGAGAAAUCAAGACGAGAGAAGAAGGCGUCCGAGAGAGCGUGUCAACACCAUACCUUCCGCCUAGCCAUAUGACCUUCAGUCCGCCGCCGCGGUGAUUGACUUCUCCAUCUUUAGCGCUUCGAAAUCUAAGAUCGCGUACCAUACCGAUAGUCCUUGAUAUCACGAUUGUUCCUCUCCUAUUCCCCCAUCCAAGGCCCGAUCGAUACCAGCCUAUCAUAGAAACCAAAAAUUUUAUAUAACGGCCGACUUUUUGCUACAGUUUAUCCCCGUCACCUCGUGUCUCUUUACGCUGGCCCAUUUAUCCGACACAUCUUCUCAAUUUUCCUAGAUCUUUCCGGCACUUAAAUUAAUUACUAACUACCAUACCCACCCCAGAUGAUUGAAACGAACACAAGUUUGAAUUUAUUGAUCUCCAUCAGAUACCCCCUUAUUCCAGUUUGGAACUACUUUUCAACAGAUUAUUCUUCCCCCUUUUAUUGGCUUUUUUCCUUUUAAACAAUUUUUGGUUCAUGUAUAAUGUUUUAUUUAGCUUCCACCCGUACCCCUGGUCGAGUAAUAACCACGGAUCCACGCUGAAGGCUAUUCUAUUCUUUUUCGCUUUUCCUCAUAUUCCUUACUUUAGACGAGAGUAUAUUUUCACCCUUUUAUGGUCAUCGGUCGCCAAGUCCCUUUUUCCUUACAAUAUUGUUUAUCCGGGGGACCCAGAUUUUGCACCAUUGCAUAUUUCAAAGGCUAUUCUCAUUCCUAACUCCUAAUGGAACCAGUUCUUUACUUACUUUGGCAUUAACACAUGCACUCUUUAUCUAAUGACUGUAUGUUCCUUUCCUUUUUUCUUUUAUCUCUUUCUCUCCUCCUCGUUAUCAAAGUUACCAUCAUCUUGGUCUCUGUACCACUUCUUGGCUACGUGGAAAUAUGUAUAAUAGAUUUGUCUAUUAGGACACUUUGGCAAUCAUCGUCACCCUUUUUCAGUUGCAGCGCCAACUCAGCUUUGAAGCGCACUAGGCCAAUUUAGUUCUCAGCAUUGGUCCAUUUAUCA